AUGAUAUGUAAUGAGAAUUCUCUCGUUAUGGAUAUUGGCCUACUGGCUGACUUGUCUCGUGAACUCAAAGAUCGAAUAUGUGCAGACACUUUUAAAAAACUUCAAAAACGAACCGACCGAGAGCUGUUCAAUGUCAAUUGUGAAGUUGAUAGAGUCCUCAGAAAUGAGUCUUAUAUAAGAUCAAGUCUAUAUUCUCCGAUUGAUGCCUGUCAAGUAGAUCACAAACGAAAUAUGAAGAUCAGAAACAUUCUAUGGAAUAAGAAGUUAUUAUCUUCCUUAAACAAAAAAACACACAAGCCCCUAGAUGAAAGUUUCAGACUCAAAAAGAGGAAGUCAAAGCCUACUUAUGACACCUUUGGGGAUAAUGAGCAUAUACAGAACUAUCAGUUGAAUACGGUUGUUCAGUCGGCUCCACCAAGACUAACAUCAGACCAACAACUUACCGUGAGCAUGAAAAGUGGUCGACAACUAAAUACCUCUCGAAAUUUAAAACUUAGUAAAAACGAAAUUUUUCUGAGUGAUAAUAACACAAGAUAUAAGUCUGAAAGUGCAAUUAUUAGGCCCAAAGAGCAAGGAACUUUUUUAACUCAGUGGCGUCCUGAAUCUGAUCCAUUGAGCUGGAGGGACAUACAGUUUACAACUAUUGAUAGUGACGCCAGAGAUAAAAGCAGGAACCGAUUAUGUGGAGCAUUUAACGCAACAUCGUUCCAACUAAUCUAUGCACAAUAA